AUGACAUCCACCAUCCAGACCAUCAAGAACACAAUUGCCGAGAACUUCGGCGGGCCGUCGCAUGAGUUGGCCGAGUACAAGUUCGACCUCAGCGAGGUUCCGGAUCUGAGUGACAAGGUUGCGGUGGUGACGGGUGGGAGUGAAGGCAUCGGAUUCGGGUGCACGCACACCCUGCUUUCGAAAAACAUCUCCAAGCUCUUCGUCACCUCGCUGCGCAAAGAGGUAGCCGACGAGGCUCUCGCAGCCAUCGAAGAGGAAUUUGGUGCCGAGAAGCGCAAGCGAUUCAUCUGGCUGCAAUGCGACCUGUCCGACUGGGAGCAAACGGCCAAAGUGGCCGGGGAGAUCGCCUCGCAGACCGACCGGAUCGACAUCCUGAUCAACAACGCAGGGCGGGGGAUCAUGACGCGACAGCUGGCGCCCACGAACGGGAUCGACCAGCACAUGGCGACGAACCACAUGGGCCACGUCGUGCUGACCUCGCACCUGCUGCCGACGCUGAAAAAGACGGCGGACGCGGGCCACACGGUGCGCAUCGUCAACGUGUCCUCGAAUGUGCACACUAGCGCCCCCAAGGACGUCGAGUUCGCCUCCAUCGAGGAGCUCAACCGCGAGUACGACCCUAACGCGCUCUACGGCCGCAGCAAGCUGGCGACCCUCCUGCACGCCAAGUGGCUGAACCAGCAUCUCAAGUCCACCCAUCCCAAUAUCAUCGUCAAUGCCACCCAUCCGGGCAUUGUGGAUACCGCGCAGACCAACAUUCACAUCCAUGAGGCGUACCCCCUGAUGGGGUACGGGAUGUCGCUCGGCCUCAAGCCCUUCCGCAAGACCCAGUUCCAGGGCGCCGUGUCCACCAUGUAUGCGGCUACCGUCGCGACGGAGGGUGGCCAGUGGAUCUGCCCGCCGUGCAUCCCGGAGAGGGGCAGCGACAAGGCUAAUGAUAUGGCGCUGGCGGAUAGGCUUAUGAAGCUGACUGCCGAGGUGGUGGAGAAGAAGACGCGCUCGGAGAGUAGCGCCAAGGGUUGUCCCUUCAAGGAGGACUAG